AUUGCAACAACAUCAUUCCAAUGUACACGUACUUUGAUAUUACUUUCUGCUAAAAAAGAAACCAAUAUUGAUACUACAAAAUCGAUUCAAAUGAGCCAUAUUUUCAUAAAAACUCUUAUUCCGGAAGCAGCGGCUUUUUUGCAAAAAAUCAAAGAGACUUGUGGAGUUGAAUGUACAUCUCAAGAAAAUUCUUACAAAUUAGAUGUUGUUGAAGAAUCAAUAAAAACUUUAUUGACUACAAAUGCAGUAGCACAAGAUUCACACA